CUGGCGCCCAUUGGCUUGGGAACACGGAAGCCCCGCCCACCAGUUUUGUACGCACGCUCUUCUGGCCGGCACGGCCCGGGGCCAGGCGCUGCUAUGGACUGUGCUGAGGUCCCCGGGCAGGCAGAGGGAGGUGUGGAAAGUCGAGGAGUUCCAGCAGAGGCUGGUCAGGGAGGAGCCCUGCUGGAGCGCACGCCGACCCCCGGCGGCUUGGCCCUGGUGAGCCCCUAUCACACCCACCGGGUCGGGGACCCGCUGGACCUCGUGGCGCUCGCAGAGCAGGUCCAGAAGGCGGAUGAAUUCAUCCGAGCAAAUGCUACCAGCAAGUUGUCAGUCAUAGCUGAACAAGUCCAACAUUUGCAAGAACAAGCCAGAAAGGUUCUGGAGGAUGCCCACAGAGAUGCUGACUUGCACCACAUAGCUUGUAACAUGGUGAAAAAACCUGGCAAUAUUUAUUAUCUUUAUCAACGGGAGAGUGGCCAGCGAUACUUUUCCAUUAUUUCUCCAAAGGAAUGGGGAGCAAGUUGUCCACAUGACUUCCUUGGUGCCUAUAAACUACAGCAUGAUUUAUCCUGGACUCCAUAUGAGGACAUUGAGAAGCAAGAAGCUAAAAUCAGCAUAAUGGACAAGCUGCUAAACCAGCCAGUGGCCCUGCCCCCAUGCACUGAACCCAUUUUCCAGGGACUGAGUCACUGAGUGUGGACUAUGACCAGCAGCUCUCAUAAAGGCCUGAACGUCACCUCCUUGUUGCCCUUAUUCUCUAACUUGGUGGAAGCAGUCAUGAGAACUGAGGACACAUAGGUGAAUCUUGGGAUGAUGCCCUGUGAAUGUAAAUCUUGUUGUUGUUACUGCUUUUAAUUAAGCUGAUAAGGAAUCGCAGCACUCUUUUGGGGGAUCCUCUCAGGGCCACUGAUAACCAGCGAGUUUCAGAGGACUGGCCAGUCAACUUUCCUUCUUCAUCUCCAGCUAUUCUCUUAAGCCAAAGUGUUAGAGAAGACUCUUCUUCCCACAGAAAGGUUGGUGGAUCAUUUUCCAGAGGACUUGUUUUUAGUUUUGUUUCAGAUUAGGGUUGAGCUUCUUCACAAUUGGUGCACCUGCAGCUUCAGAUUCAUCUGGUAACCAGAAUGUUGGAUAUUGGGGAUGAUUAAAAAGAAAAGAAUAUAAAUGGCUACAUAAGAGUG